AUGCCUGAAUCCAGCCGGACGCUGGGGAGCUGGAACCCAGGGGCAACCUGCAAAGGUCAAACCCUGGGACAAAGGCUCUUUCCUGCAGCAGCUUGUUUACUGUGUGGCUCAGAGCUGUCCAGUUUGUUCCCCGUGAUGGACUGCACCUUCCCCCUCAGCUCUGCCACACAGCACUUGCUGCAGCCAGAUCACUGGAAGAAUCCUCCCCGUGCAAGGUCCCGGUGCCACCGCAGUGAGCACAGCCCGAGCCCCCGUGGCCAGGGCUGCCAGCACAGCCGCCUGGAGCCACUGCAGUGCCGGGAUCUGCUGGUCCAGAACGCGCUCUUCACUGGAGACCUGGUCACGGUGCAGAAGUACUUCACCAGGAGCGCAGCCAUCAAUCUCGUCAUUGAGACCAGGGGGGAUGUGCUGCGCUGGACUAGCAGGAAACGUGGACUGUGGUCUCUGAGCUACGAGCAGGAGCUCACCACACCCCUGCACAUCACGGCCAGCCGGGGCUACACCGACUGCCUGCGGCUCCUGCUGCUCCGGGGCGCUGCCGUCGACUUUGCCCCGGGGGGCAAGACAGCCCUGCACGAGGCUUGUGCAGCCGCCAGCACCGACUGCGUGUGCCUGCUGCUGGGCUCCGGAGCCGACCCCGAGGCUGUCUCUGAGGAUGGCUACAGGCCCCUGCACCUCUGCAAGAGCCCAGACUCCAUCGAGUGUGUCCGGCAGCUGCUGCAGCACGGUGCCAGUGCCAACAGUCGGACAGAGGAGGAGGAUGACACAGCCCUGCACGUGGCAGCACGGCACGGCCUGGCAGAGCACGUCCAGCUGCUUCUGCACCACGGGGCAGAGCUGGAGGCAAAGAACGAGGAGGGACAAACACCACUGAACGCUGCCUGUGCUCAGCAGCACGAGCCCCAGGACAUGGACCGCUACUACCGGGUGUGCCAGCUGCUGGUGGAGAGCGGUGCCAGCAUCAACGCUGCCGACCGGGACAGGCAGCACCCGCUCCACCUGGCCUGCAAGAACGCUAACGCCCAAAUCACAGAGCUGCUGCUGGCCCGGGGGGCAAACGUCAAUGUCAUGAACUACGGAGGCAACACAGCCCUGCACAAUAUCCUGCAAGUGGCUGCUUACAAACGGCAGCAUCGCCCGGAGCUCGUGGUGCGAGCCCUGCUCAACCACGGCGCCGUCCGCAUCUGGCCCGGCUCCCUCCUCAAGGUGCUGCGGUACUGCCACAGCUGCCCCCGUGUCAUCGAGGCCCUGGUGAACAGCUACACCCGCGUGCGCGUCUCCGAGGACUGGGUGGCAGCAGUGCCGGUGGAGGUCGUACAGAAAUACCCACUUUUCUACCAGUCUCUCUUCUCCCUGGAGCACAGACCUCGCUCCUUGCAGCACCUGGCUCGCUGCACCCUCAGGACCCUCCUGGAGGGACGACUGCUUCUGGUCCUGUCCCAGCUGCACCUGCCAAGUGCCCUGCACCAGUUCCUGCUGCUCGGCUUUGAGGAUGUUCUCUACUAAGGGCCGUGGUUCCAGUCCUGCUGUGCUUUUCUGCGAAGAUGUUCCACCCCCACUGAUGCAGUCGGUGCCUUCCCAGCCAUCCCCUUCCCCUCACCCCCUCCUGCCAGGCCACAUCAGCCCUCUGUGCCAAGCCUGUCACUGUGUCCCAGUCAGUCUUGUGCUCUGCCUCAUGCACCUGGUUUGGAGCAUUCUGUUUGUCCAUACUACUCAGGACAGACUCCAGAAUAAGAAAAUGAAGAUAUGGGGAUUAAGGCAUUUUGUGGGACUAGGAGCAAGUACACUGCAUGGAUCAUAGGCUUAGUUGCAGGAUAUAACUCUCCCUAUCCCAAAUCUAAAAACUCUAACCUUUACCAGGCAGCUCUGGUGCCUUGGGCAGUUGUUGGGAUCCUGUCUUUAGUCAAGUUGUUUACAAUCUGUACCCAAAGGUACGGUUGUACCUACCUGGGUACAACUUCUGUUUUGCCUUGAAGACUGUCCUGAGAGCUCACGCAUGUGCUGUGCCAUGGGUGGUGUCAUGUGCACUUUUGGACCUGUGAACCUGCUUGUCAGAGGGAAAUGUGUGGUGGGUGUGGAGCUGCGGGUCCCAAACAACCCCUUUUCGUGGAGGUACAUUGUCUCAGUUACCUGGUUUAGCAGCUUGGGUCAGGACAGCAGUGCUUGUGCAGCACUGAGGACCCCACUGCAGGGUGAGGAGGAACAUUCCCUGAGAACUCUGGAU